AUGUGCACCAGUACUACUGCCUCUAGUUCUGAAUCUUGCAUCCAGGGAAAUGAAAUCAAUCGGAUUCUCGAGCUGCAGAGGAAACGAGAGGACGAGGUGAAGAAACUAGAAGAAACCAAGAAGAAAAUCCAAGAGCAGAAUCGUGUCGAUGUGACUGGUUUCAACACGAAGUUUGGAACAAGCAAGGGCGACGUCAUCCAGGACGAACUUGGGAAAGUGACUGUGGGCCUUGUGACGCUGGAGCAACUGAAGAAGCACAAAGAGGAACUGGCAAAGAAGGAGCAGAUCCUCGAACACCUGCAGCGCAAAGAGGAGAUUGAGAAUGAGAAGCUGAAGAGAGAGGCAGACAGGAAAAACCGCAAGUCGAAGCUGACCAAGUCGACCCUGUCCUUCGGAGAUGAGGCUGAGGAGCUGGAGGAAGAGGAUGUAGAGCCUGUGGCGAAGAAGAAGGUAGUCAAGAACCCCACUGUCGACACCUCGUUCUUGCCAGACAAGGAUAGAGAGCUGCGGGAGAUAGAGGAGCGCAGGAAGCUCACUCAGGAAUGGCAUGAGGAGCAGGAGAGGAAGAAGGCAGAGGUGAUCGAGGUGACGUACAGCUACUGGGACGGGUCAGGGCAUCGGCGGGCCCUCAAGUGUACCAAGGGAAUGACGGUCGGGCAGUUCCUGGAGAUGGCGAGGAAGAAUCUGCAGGACGAGUUCAGGGAGCUGCGGGGGACGUCGUGCGACAACCUCAUCUACGUGAAGGAGGAUCUCAUUAUUCCCCAUGACAUGACGUUCCAUGUCCUGAUCGAGACCAAGGCCCGGGGGAAGUCGGGGCCCUUGUUCCACUUCGAUGUGCACGAGGACGUGCGCACGGUCAACGACGCCAGGAUCGAGAAGGACGAGUCGCAUGCAGGGAAGGUGGUGGAGCGACACUGGUACGAGAGGAACAAGCACAUCUUCCCCGCCUCCCGCUGGGAACCCUUCGAUCCCGAGAAGAAGUGGGAGAAGUACACCAUCCACGGGGACUAG